AAUAACUACAUUCCCCGUCAUCCUUUGAACGCUCAUAAGGCAUUGUGGGUCGGUUCAAUCGAUGUCCUUGUCCUAUCAGACGCACACUGUUUGACUGACUUCGCGCAAGGGCUUGGGGAUUCGUUUGUGCUUGAAUUAUAGUCAUUCUGACAAAAUGAUGGCAGCAAGGUUUCUCCGUCGCUCUCUCCCUGUAUUGAGGCAAGCAAGAUGCUACGCCGAAGCAGCUUCGGGCUCUGCCCAGAUGUCCUUCACAUUUGCCUCGCCAACGCAGGUGUACUUCAAGGAGGCCAGUGUGAAACAGGUUGACGUGCCCACGCUGACUGGUGCUUUCGGUAUCCUCCCUGCCCACGUCCCCACGCUGCAGGUUCUCCGGCCCGGAGUGGUCACCGUGUUCAACGAUGAUGGCUCCGCAACAAAGUUCUUUGUGAGCAGCGGGUCAAUCACAGUGAACGCAGACUCAUCGGUGCAGCUGCUGGCUGAAGAGGCUUUCCCCCUGGACCAGCUGGAUGUGGCUGCUGCCAAGGUCAACUUGGAGAAGGCCCAGUCUGAAAUGGCGUCUGUGUCUGACGAGGCUGCCAGGGCUGAGGUCCAGAUCAACAUAGACGCCAACGAGGCAAUCGUCAAAGCCCUGGAGUAGGCCGCGCGACUGGUCUCUGUGGUGGCGUGUUGGUAUAAAGGAAAUGAAAAUUCUCCAACUGUUUCCCGGACCAGUCAAGUCAGUAACUGCAUGAUCUCAUGCUUGCUUUGUACAGUGGAAUGAAAUGACCAAUAAAUUUAUUUGGAUCUACCUGCCAA